CGAAGUUGGACGGCAAAAAUAGGUUGACGGCCGACGAAGCAGCAUGCCAUCCCGCAGUCGCGCCUACAGCUCGGCGAGCGAGGCCGCCCUGCAGAGCCUCAACAACUUGCAGCUGGCGAUCGCCAAGCUCGAGCGCCGCGUCAAGGAGAUCGAGUGGCAAGUCGCCGUGCACAACGCGACGGCGAACGUCCCAAAGUCGGAGCUCGUCGAGUCCAAGGACGCGAUCGCGCAAAUGUGCGGCAGCCUCGACAAGCUUCAGUUCCACGGUGUCGAUGGCAUCAUCACAGCCGACUUGGUCACGGGCAAAGACGACAUUCGCGACCAGCGCAAGCUACUCAACAAGCAGUGCGAGGCCAUUCGGUCGACCAUGCUCUCGCUGCACGCGCAGCUCACGACCCACGUCGCCACGACCUCGUCGUAGUUGAAUAGCAAUUUGAUCGGAUGCUCCGCAACGAUGUCGCUUUAGAUUUCUUGGGUGCGUCCGUGUCGUUUGCACGAAUAUGGUACUGAGUACAGCCGAGCGCGCUACGUCGAGUACCGAGAAAGGGCAGCCGUCGCGAGCCCACGGCGCGUGUCAUGCUGCAGUCAGGCAGAUUCAAUACAUGUAGCAUCCGCUGCUUGCAGCGCUGCCAAGUAUGCAUA